GAAUUUCAUUCAGUCCUGUCCUGUCCUCUCCCCAUUGUAAAGUAUUUAGAGGAGAGCAGAGACUCUGUACAAAUGCCUCCAAGACUGUAUCAUCCUCAACCGACACACGCCAUCCCUAGUCCCAAUAUGCGAACAGGUAGUCGGUAUGAACCUCAACCAGGAUUCCCUGCUGGAGUCUCCAUGUCCUCUCCAUACGAAAAUCCCAAUUUGGCCGCUGGCGGAGGCAUGCCUUCGACAACGUCCUAUUUACCAAAUUCAGCUACUGCCCAAAUGGGAUUUCAGCUAGGCAGAAAUGCUGUCAACGCUGGUCAUGAGUAUAUGGAACAGAACUUUGGAAGGUGGCUUUCCACCACUCAACUUCAUCACUACUUUUCUGUAACCAAUUCUUAUGUUGUAGCAAAGCUAUUGUUGAUUAUUUUCCCUUGGCGCCGUAGGUCCUGGGCUCGUAAGCUGAAACGAUCAGAAAUGAAUGGUAGCGCUGAAGGAUACUGCGCUCCAGGAGAAGACUUAAAUUCCCCAGACAUGUAUAUUCCUUUAAUGGCCUUUGUCACACAUCUUCUUCUGAUCUGUGCUCUUGCAGGCAUGCAGGAUAAGUUUCAGCCUGAGCUCUUGGGAUUACGUGCUAGCAAAGCCUGCGGCGUUGUCUUAUUUGAAUUUCUAGCUACUCGUCUCGGUUGUUAUUUGUUAAAUAUCUCAAACCAAAGUCAGGUCUUAGAUCUCUUAGCCUUUAGCGGUUACAAGUUUAUCGGUCUCAUCUUAACCUCCCUCAGUAGAUUAGCCGGUAUGCCCUGGUUUACUAGAUUCACAUUUCUUUAUACUUACUUGGCCACCGCUUUUUUUCUUCUGCGCUCUUUGAAGUAUGCAGUGCUCCCCGAGUCUACAAUGGCCAUCAAUGCAACCAUAACUUCUCAUCAACGGAGUCGACGCAUAUACUUUCUUUUCUUCAUUGCUGCUUCCCAGAUUCUUUUCAUGUAUAUUUUAUUAUGAGGCUCCUAUUUCCUUUUAAUUCUCCGCUAUCAAUGUGAAUUUCUUUGGUGAAUAAAUUGAAUGGUUCCUGUUUUCGGUUUAUAUCGAUCUUUGCUGUUUCAUUUUUAUUCCAUGUACUUUCUCUAGCCGUAAAUAAAAACCUUUUUAUAAUUUGCUGGUUGGAGCGGACUAGCUGACGAUUCUCGACAUGCUCCGUUAAUGGUUCUCAAUUUUUUACGUUUUUAUUAAUAUUUUACAUAAAACACGCAAAACGAGCGUGAUGAUAUGGACUCAUGCAAGCAAUCAGUUCCUCAUAAGUAGGAUAAGAGUGUUAGAUGAAAUACGUACCCAAACUUGAUGGAUCAAUGGAAGUCUAAUACCAGUUAAUUUCCUUCAUUUGAAAGCUACGAUGUGCCAGAGCACACCUUUGAAUAUUAUUUUGUACGCCAUUUCUUAUACGAUGUGAUUUUAAUCACGAGCUUCUGUAGUAUAGUUUUUACGGUUUACCUCUUCUCUACGAUGCACUUGAACAAGGCAUAAAAUAAACGUAAUGAUAUUUUUUUCAUGUAAAGGAGCCAUGAAUACAAAAUCUA